AGCAGGCAACCCUAGUCGAAGCAGUGAGCCGCUCGGAGUCCCGUGUGGCUCUGUUACAGCUGGAGCGGUUCGCCUCGCCGUGUCGCCCGCCCAAAUACACAACAGAAUACAAGCGUGAUUCUGUCACCCUUCCCGUAAGCGCACACCGAUUCUUCACCGUUCGGGUAUUUGGAAAUUCUCGGUGUGGCAGAAGUCCUAAUACAAAUAAAGAUGUCUGGAGUCAAAAGGCAAAUUGAAGACAAAGAUCCUGAUUAUGAGGAAAUCUCUGUUUUACAUCAGAGUAAAAGACUCAAAGUUGAUGAGGAAAAUGCCAGGGAUGCUAUUGUUCAGAAGAUUGAAGCCAUCAUUAAGAAUCAGUUUUCGCUGGAGAUGAAAAAUAAACAACAUGAAAUUGAAAUCAUUGCACAGCGCCUCAGUGAUGCACAGAGAAUGAUGGACAAGUUGAGAGCAUGCAUUGUUGCUAAUUAUUAUGCAAAUGCUGGGCAACCUAAAAUUUCUGAGCAGGUUGGAAGAGCUGAUUCUUCAGUUUUCAACCAUCCAGCAAUUAGAAGAUUCUUAAAUUCACCAUCUCGGUCAUCAUCACCUCUCAAUCAAGGCUCUGAGACACCCUCUUUAGCUCAGUCAGAAACAGAGUCAAUCUCCCAUCUCAGUGAAUGCAUAUUAGACAAAGAGAGAGAACAUUUUUACAAAGAUGAACUACACAAGCAAGAGCAAAGGCCAGGCAGAAAUGUAGGAAAGGAUACUUUUGGUGUUUCUCCACUACAUGAUUCUGAUCAACAGUUUGCAUAUCAUACUGGCAAUGAGGACUCUCUUCGUCUGUAUGUGAAGAAAACUAUUGUGGUUGGCAACGUUUCCAAGUAUAUACCUCCUGAUAAAAGAGAAGAAAAUGACCAGUCUACACACAAAUGGAUGGUAUAUGUUCGAGGAUCAAGAAAGGAACCAAGCAUUGACCAUUUUGUUAAGAAAGUUUGGUUUUUUCUUCACCCUAGCUACAAACCAAAUGACUUAGUUGAAGUUAGUGAGCCCCCAUUUCAUCUGACGAGAAGAGGUUGGGGAGAAUUUCCGGUCAGAGUUCAGAUUCAUUUUAAGGACCCAAGAAACAAAAGGAUUGAUAUUAUUCACCAUUUAAAGCUGGAUAGAACAUACACUGGCCUUCAGACCCUUGGAGCAGAAACGGUAGUUGAUAUUGAACUUCACCGCCAUUCCUUGGGGCCAGAGUAUCUUUGUAAUACUUCACAGCAGCCUUCAACAUCCUAUCCCUUGCAUUUCACCUCAGGGUCCAAUUCUUCAAAUCGCACAUCUUCUCCAGUGAAACUUACCCGUGAGUCAUUAGUUGCAGCUGAGAAAGGCUAUCCGAUCAAGAGUGAAACUGGAAGGUCUGCUACUUACUUGAUUCACACUACUGAACGAACUCCUUCUAGACCUAGAAUGACAGAAAAAAUUGCUUUGGGGUCUCAUGGCAACUCUGCAUUUCAGCCUAUCACGGCAAGCUGCAAAAUUGUGCCUCAAAGUCAGACGCCUAGUUUAAUGGAUUCACCUGCCAAGUCAUUUCAACCAAUCACUAUGAGCUGCAAGAUUGUAUCAGGUAGUCCUACUAGCAAACCAACAGGCAUCUCUCUGUCUUCCCAUGGUGCGAGAUCUCCAGUGUCAAAGUUGCAUGGGAGCACUGCAGGUUCCACUGGGGUAAAGGUGAUUAUAAAGCAGGAACCUGGCGAGGUACCUCAACAGCACCCACAACAAAUUCUGGCUUCAACAGCAGCCUCACAGGCAUCACCACAGCAGUUUGUGGCAGUGAAGGGUGGCCACAUGAUCGCACUUUCUCCACAAAAACAGACCAGUACUGCAGGAGGAGGAGUAACACAGGGCAAGGUUGUGGGCAUUCCAGUGGGCUCAUCUCUGCAGUCAGCAGUAAAACAAGCUGUUGCUAUUAGUGGAGGUCAAAUUUUAGUUGCAAAGUCCAAUGUUGCUGCUGCCAAGGUUAUUGGGCAGAAGCAAGUGAUAGCUCAAGGGGUAGCUAAGGCAAUUGUAAGUGGGGCAAGUGGAACUAUUGUGGCCCAGCCUGUGCAGACUGUUACCAAAGCACAAGUUACAUCAUCAGUUACUGGAAAACCUGCAUCUCAGGGCUCAGUAAUGGCUACACUGCAGCUACCGGCCAAUAAUCUUUCAAACCUGGCCAGUUUACCCCCAGGAACAAAACUGUACCUGACUACCAACAGCAAGAACCCCUCAGGAAAAGGAAAACUGUUGCUUAUACCACAGGGUGCCAUUCUAAGAGCGGCCAAUCCCUCAGGUCAGCAGGCCCAAAGUGCAAACAGUCAAAGUGGAAGCUCCCAAAGUACCAGUGGAGGUACAACACAAAACCUGUCAUACACUUCUUACAUCCUGAAGCAAACGCCACAGGGCACAUUUUUAGUUGGACAACAGUCUUCUCAGGGUCCUGCUAAACAGAUUUCAGCUGGUACUAUGGGGCCAACUGCAUCCUCAUCUACUGGUCAGCCACAGACUGUGAGAGUAACAGCUGGUCAGAAAGCUGCUAUUCUUGCUCAGGUUGUUUCAAGUGGACAAACAUCUGCAGUGAAGCUAUCUGACAAUUCAGGAAAGACCAUGACAGUUUCCACACAGCUUUUGAAACCAGCAAAUACCUUGAGGGUUGCCAGUGGUUUGAUUGCAGCCUCUAGCUCAGUUGGAUCUGCUGUUUCCACUACUAGUACUACAGUUAGUAAUGCACAGAUUUCAGAAGGAUCAAGCACAAAUGCAUUGACUGUUCCUUCCCAAACAGGCAAGGCUACUGUUCAGCAGGCAGUUGUAGUGUCACAAAACCAAGCAAGUGUCAACAAGAAUGUUAGUCCUUCAUUGGUCAGUGUUGCCAAAAAUGCCAUCCCUUCAGUGGUUGCCAUUUCCAAGACUGUUAGCCCUUCAGUGGCUUGUGUUGCUAAAGCAGUUAGCCAUACUGUUGUCAAUGUUGCUAAAGCAGUCAGCCCAUCAAUUUCUAGUGUUGCUAGAACAGCCAGUCCUUCAGUUGUCAGCGUGACAAAGACUAACAGCUCAGCAAUGGGGAAUGCAGCAUCGUUAACAUCGGGUAGCAGCAGCAUGAGUGGAAAAACAGCUCCCACUUUAUCAGGCAUGUUGAAGAUUCAUUCUACUUUAUCUAGUGCACAGCAGGCUGUAUUGACAAUCCCUGCCAACCAGCUGAAGCAGCUAGGAGUCAGUACAGCUGUUGGAGGGGUGCAGACAAUUCUAAUGCCAGUCAAUAAAGUGGUGCAGUCCCAAUUAAGCAAUAAAUCAAAUUUGUCGAUUGCUGGAAAUGACCAGUCUGCUGCUGCUGCUGUUUCAGUUCCUACAGGUUUAGCACAGGGUGUACCUGCAUCAUCAGUUGGACAAGCUGCAGUGAAGACAGAGCCAGAAACUGUGGCAGUGAGCAGCAGCAUAGGUUCUUCUGAUCCUCAAAGCAGUGGCAUGAAAGUAGAACAAGACACAGAUGUGGUUCAUGAUUUAAUUAAUACUGAACAUUUGGAUAACAUACAUCAGCUUUUAUCAGCAAUUGUGGAAAAGUUUCCAAUAAUAGUUAAAGAAAAAACAGAUGAGUCAACUCCUUUCUGUGCCAUGUCUUUAGAGCAGUAUUACUCCUGGAAUAUUGGAAAAAGAAGAGCUGCUGAGUGGCAGCGAGCUAUUGCAGUUAAGAAAGUUCUUCAUGAGAUUUUGCAGAAAUCACAGAAAUUUGCCAGCAUAACUCCAUUCAAAACCAAACAGAUUGUUACGUGGUGCCGCCAUCGUGGCUAUACACCACCAGAUACUGAACUUCAAGGCAAUGAAGAAAAUUCCAUUGAAGACAUCUUGACACAGAUUGACAAUGAACCAGAGUUCCCUUCCACAUAUGAUACUGCUGAUGAUCUUUGCCAGAGGUUGGAAAAUUUGCAAAAGCUUUUGAAGACUGAACAGGAGCCUGAAGAUGAGUUUGUGGAUGUUACUGGAGUAAAGGAAAUGUCCAACACAGAGAUCAAGCAGGAAAAGGAAGAGGAAAAUGAAGAAGUCAAAUUCUAUAUGGGACUCUCGCCCUCUAUGGAAUAUGUAAGAGAGUCUGCUGAACAGAUUGGAAUUACAUUCCAACCAGUAGAGCUAGAAAAAAAUGUUUAUGGACCUGCAGUAGAAAAUAUGAUUUUAAAGGCUACUGAGCAGUUUGCAAGUGAGAUUCUAAGGGAAGCAUUAGCAGUUGCCUAUGAAAAGUCACCUCAGAACAAGAAUCCAAAAGAAGUUACAGCAAUGAACCUUCACCAAGCUAUUAACAGCAUUGCAAGAUGCGACUUCCUCACCAACAAGUACAUGGGAAUUUUACUUAAACACGAUCAUGUAGGCUGAAUCUCUUCAUCUAGUCCCUAGAAUGCCAAUUGAAGAGCUUCUUGCACCUCUCUGUUGUGUCGACUGCCUUUUAUACUUUCGAUUCAGAAGGUUGUUGCAGAAGAGGCUGACUCAACAAGUGAGACUGUGAGUAGCAGAAAGUAGAAAUGAACCAUGAAAAAAUGUUUGUUUGUUUGUUUGUUUUUUUAAAUACAGGUUACUGUCUGUUCAGACAAUAAAAUUACUUUUCUGCGUUAUGUAUAAGCCUUUUGAAAUACAAGAAGGUACAUUUUAGAAUGUAUAAUAGUUUCCAUCUUUGCAGUCAUUAUUUUUUCAGUCAGAGGCAUUAAUUUAUCAUGUGUGCUUGUGAACCUGUCGAGAGACCUUGUUCGUUGUACUUUUAAGACAUUGUCAAAUUUAUUGUAUAUUUUCUAGAGGUUUUUUUUAGUGGUAAUCUGAAUCUUCCUGUUCUUGGAUUCCUGUCUUGACUUUUAAGUGUGUAAAAUGGUUGAGUGUGGAUGACUACAAAUGCAUUGUACAAACCAGUUGAUGCUUCACUUGUUACAGUAAAUGAUCUCAAUGAGACAGUAAUGCUUGUUGCAUUAAAACGUUUUUUACAGUGA